AAGCUGCCAGCCAUGGAGGAGUGGUUCUUAAGCUUGUGUUUCGCAACAGCAUGCACGCUACUAGCCCUUUUGUUUGUCAGGCUGUCCGGCGGCAAUAGCAGGCCGGCCGCCAAAAAGCAGCUGCCUCCAGGUCCAUGGACUCUCCCCAUCAUCGGCAGCCUCCACCACGUCAUCAGCCUCCUCCCGCAUCGCGCGAUGAUGAAGCUAUCUCGCAGGCACGGGCCGUUGAUGGUCCUCAGGCUAGGCGAGGUCCCCAUCGUGGUUGUCUCGAGCGCCGAGGCAGCGGCGCUGGUGAUGAAGACCAACGACCUUUCGUUCGCCGACCGGCCGCGCAGCGUUACGGUGGACAUCUUCGGCUGCGGAGGCAAGGACGUGGCCUUCGCCGCCUACGGUGACCACUGGCGUCAGAUGCGCAAGAUCUGCGUCAUGGAGCUCCUCAGCUCGACGCAGGUGAAGCGCAUGGAGGGCAUCAGGGCUGACGAGGUGGGCAGCCUCCUCCGCGACAUCGCGGCCACCGCAUCGACCGGUGCCCCCAUCAACGUCAGCGAGAAGGUGAUGGCGCUCAGCAACGACGUGGUGACGCGUGCGGUUUUCGGCGGCAAAUUUGCACAGCAGUGCGAGUACCUCCACGAGUUGAAAGAGGUGUUGAGGCUGCUGGGCAGCUUCUCUCCGGUUGACCUCUUCCCCUCAUCGCGGCUGGUGUGGUGGCUGAGCAGCGAUGAGCGCCACAUGAAGAGAAGCUAUGGCCGCAUACAGCGCAUCAUUGCCAAUGUCAUCGAGGAGCGCAAGGCGGUGCCAGCCUCCAUCGCCGGGGAUGAGGACCUGCUGGACGUGCUGCUCAGGCUGCAGCACGAGGACUCGCUGGAAUUCCCUCUAACCACGCAAACAAUAGGCGCAGUCUUGUUCGACAUAUUUGCAGCUGCUACGGACACUACAGGAACCACGUUGGCAUGGGCCAUGUCUGAGCUUAUGCAUAGUCCUGAGACUAUGGAAAAAACACAACAAGAAGUACGUGAGGUGUUGGGUGAGAACAAAGCUCUCAUUACCAAUAGUGACAUCCCUAAACUCCAGUCGGUGCAGAUGGUCAUCAAGGAAACCCUUAGGUUGCAUCCACCCGCUCCUCUAGUUCCACGCGCAGCCAGAGAGGAUUGUAUUAUCAUGGGUUAUGAUAUCCCUAAAGGUAUCAAUGUAUACAUUAAUCUAUUCUCAAUCUCCCAUGAUCCUGCAUAUUGGAACAAUCCUGGAGAGUUUAGACCAGAGAGGUUUGAGAACAACAACGUGAACUACAAUGGGACAUACUUUGAGUUCAUUCCCUUUGGUACUGGGCGACGACAAUGCCCAGGGAUUCAAUUUGGCUCGUCACUCGUGGAGAUGGCACUAACAAACUUUAUGUAUCACUUCAACUGGAAGCCUCUUGAUGGAGCUAGCCUUGAUUCAGUUGACAUGUCCGAGAAAUUUGGGAUUACGGUAAGCAGAAGGUAUGACCUGUAACUCGGAGCUAUUCCACACGUGUGGCCCAAUGCUAUGUCAUCGGACUGAUACAUAAAGAAAAACAUGUUCGCGGUCCAAGAUUGCAAGUACCUACACUUCCAACACAUGUUAAUGAUUUCAUUAUUGCACUCUAUGAUUGUGCCUUUAUGCAAUAGAAUAGAAGAAGAGGGGGCCACAUCAGACGUUAUGUUAUUGUGUGAACAAAAACAUUAUGGUAUUGUACUACUGUUUGUAUUACUGUGCAUGACAAAAGAUUUUAUGUAGUAGAACAUGAUCGUAUAAAACAUGGUUGUAUUAGUUUUAUGUAAUGUUACGAACUUCUGAAUAAUACAUCUUCUAUUCAUUAA